CAACGCAUACAAUGGCUCAGCCUCUGAAAGUGAACUCCGCAAGCGAGCCUUUCGCGGAUCUUCCCCCGAUCUGCGCGCAGCUCUUCGAGGCCAAGGCCAAGAAAGGGGCGACGUUCGAUGACAUCGCCAAAGCUAUCGGUAGGGACGAAGUAUGGGUUGCCGCAUUGUUCUACGGCCAGGCGAAGCUGUCCGAACAAGAGCUCGCCGCUUUAUCUAACUAUCUUGAGCUCCCUCACGCCAGCUUGCAGGCUGAGCUAGGUGCAAACUGGUGGCCGCGACGAGGCCUUGGUCCCAUGCCUCCCACGGAUCCUGUGCUCUACCGGCUGUACGAGGGUGUGCUUGUGUAUGGGAAUGCGAUCAAGGCCAUUAUACAUGAGAAGUUCGGAGAUGGCAUUAUGUCCAUGAUCGAUUGCAAGGUCAACAUUGAACGCAAGCCUGACCCAAAAGGUGACCGCGUUGUCUUGACAUUCGACGGGAAGUUCUUGCCGUACCUUAAGUGGUGAUCGAUCUUAGACAUCGUAAGAAGAAUCUGGUGUACGCUAUCGGACGUUGUUGUAGCCGUUAGCAAUUGCAUGUAAACGUUGCUUCUAGUUGAAGUCAAUCAAGCACUAUGUAUCAGUGG